GUCACAGACUGGAAGGGAGGAUCGAUACCGUUGAGGUCAGCUCGACCAUGUAGCGAAAAGCACUAAGUUGCUCAGAAUGCAACAUUUCCUGUGAAUGCUUCGACUCGAAUGCAGAAGUGAAUGGGAGCACGUGAAGAUUCACUCCCGUUCAGUCGCAUGAGGAAUACAAAAGCCGGCCAGCCUUUGCGACUCAACCUCAACCUACACCAGCGGGUUUCAACAUCAAUCCUUGACACGCUACACCAGACACACAGCCACACACCACUGCACACCACGCAACACCAGAACACACAAACACAUAACAUUACCCACGACAGCCACCACGAGUCGUAACACAUCAUGUCAACUUUCUCGACCAUCAACUUGCCGCUCCUCCCCGCAAUUCUCAAGCAAUGGGAAUACCUUCCAGGCGACAUUAACGUCCUACUCGAGCGCAUGGACGAGACCAUCAAGAUCACCACCGCGCCAACACUCGAAGCCUCUAUCGAGUACGCCGACAAGAUCCCUGACGAGGAAUGCCUUGUCGUCCUCCACCACUGCGUUCUCGGCAUGAAGGAGUGCGUCGAGCGUUUCCAGUACGCUAUCGCAGAAGCUGAAGAAGCUGGAUUGGGUGCUGUCCUCAAGGAGGUGAAGGAGUUGCAGGGAAAUUCGGAGCUGGUGAUGAGCGGUUUCGAGGUCAUGGGACUCGAGGAUGCGAUGGAGGAGGAGGAUGGUGGCAAGUUGAAGGAUGAGGUUGUGAAGGUUGCGCAGGCUAUGAGGGAGGUGAAGCGCUGGACGGAUGUGGUUGAGGAGGCUUUGGGCAGGAAGGUCUAG